AUGCCCCGUACAAUACGUUACGACCCCUUACGAUCCCCUACGACGCGCUACGACCCUCUUACGACGCCCUACGCGGGUCGUCCCCGCCCCGUUCACAACGCUUCCAGGCCUCUCUCCCCUCCUCCAUCCGCCGCUUCCCCGCUUUCUCCCACUCUCGGUCGGGCUCUCCCGCCGUCUCCCCCGCCGUCUCUUCCGCCGUCUCCCCCGCCUGCUCUCCCGCCUGCUCUCCCGCCGUCUCCCCCGCCGCCGCCCUCGCCGUCUCUCCCGCUUGCUUUCCCGCCGUCUGCCCCCCUCUUUCCUGGUCCCACAUCCCCGCGUUGUCGUUUACGCGACCCCUCCGUCCCUGCCUGGUUCGGCUAUGCCGUUCCCUCCGUCUGCUUCUCAACCACCUUUCCCCCCCCCCAAAACUCCCCUCUACCCCCCUCUACCCGUCCUUGCUCUGUUCUCCGCUGUCGUCCGCUCCCGCCCCGCGCGCAUUGUUCCCUUUCCUCCACUUUAUCCCCCCCUCGCUCAGCCCCCCUCUUUCCCCCUCCCCGCCGCCCCCCCUUUCCUCCUUUCCGCCUCCCCGCCUUUCCCCAUCCUCGCACCACCCUGCGCGUCCAUGCCUCGCCGCGUCCUUCGCUCCACGCGAUCUCCCUCCCGUGCGUUGCUCCUUCUCUCGUUGCCCCUUCCGCGCUUCUCCCCUCGCACUUCCCUCCUCCGCGCGCCGCUCCUCCGCGCGUGAGCCACGAUGCCCACCCCAAGGACCCAAGCGUUUCGCCACCAUGCAUUCACCUCCCACCGCUGCCCUACACCACGCUCCCCUGCGCUCUAUCAGCGCUCACCUCGCUCUCGGACGUCACCAUCCUCCUCCCGCUCUCCCCCGAGGUCCUAUCCUUCAUGAGAACCGCCUUCUCCCCCGCCAAGCGAGAUCAAAUCCUCGCCUUCCACGUCAUCACCAAACGCUACUCCUACGUCAAUCUCACCUCCCUCCCGGGCGGCACCGAGUUGGAAACUCUUGAAGGCAUGCCGCUAAUAAAGCGCGGCCCGAAUUUCCAACCGCUGACGCUCUUUCAAGGGCGGGAACUCGUCCCGUCGCUCGUCAUCGUGCCGAAUAUCUUCAUCGGGUCGACUUUUUCAAUUCAUGGCAUCAGUACAGUGCUAAUCCCGCCAGACUUAUGA